AUGAUUGGUUUGGCUGUUCUCGGCUUAUUGGCUUUGAGCUGUUGUCUUUGUUGGUGCUGUUACUGUCGUCGAUAUGGUCUCGGUGGUGUAUUCGAGCAUACUGGCUCUUUUGAAUUCUACUAUAUUGAUCGAUGCACCGAUCGAAAUUGUCCUUGGCAUCAUAUUUCAGAUUAUAGUAAUACUCUUGCUGUCGUUAGCCCCGAGUGUGUUAUUUAUAAUUUGUUCAACAAAAGUGCAAAUAACUGGAGCAAAACUCAAUUAUUGCCAUUGGCCCGAUUAACAAGUACGGCAUCACAUUCUGGUGAAGAUCCCCGUCAACCGGCUAUAACUAGAAGUCCAAACGCUGAUUCAUUACGGCUGUCAAGCAAUCUUUCACACCGAAAACUGACCCCCAAUGUAUCAGUUUCGAAAGUUCGAGUGGCAGAACGAACUCUCAGCGCACCCAAUCCAGGCAUUAAACCACCGAUUCAUCAACCAGACGAUGAUUCAAUUGGCAGCUCUCGAAUUCAAUCGGGAGCAAGUGGUCAUGUAAAAGUAUCUCGCAUCAAAUCGAGCGCAAUGGGACGACGACGCAGUUCAUGUGAUGUAUUGCCAUCAUAUAAUGUCCUGAAACCUGCUAUGAAUACAAAAUUGAGACGCAACAGCGUCGGAACUGUUCAUCAUGUUCGAGUGGAUCGAGUACAAAUGGCACAAGGGACACGAAAAGAUUCAUUGUUAUCACAAUAUCCUCGUCAAUCGAUUAUUGAUAGUACGAUUCGAUUGGAUGAUAUUGAUAAAAUUUGCAAAUCGGCGCGUCCAUCAUCAAAGACUAAGAAACAUAAAGUACUUGUGAAACAUGUACCUUCAGCUGAUCGACAAAUCUCGACGAAGGAACAGCGACCAUCGCAAAUUGACACUAUCGAUUUGUCACUGUCACAUCUCAUGCCACCAAAAUCGACUAUUCAUGUUGAACGUGUAUCAACUAGCAGGAAGAGGCUGAAAUCAAAUAACAGCACUGCUCAUCUUGAAUUGAUUGCUGAAGAGACACAUAAUAGUCAAAGAUCCCAUACGGGACGCGCUCAUUCGAGUGUUACUGUCAAAAGAAUAGCACGAGCAAACACCUCUUUAGCACUAACACAUCACUAG